CACCUGCGCUUUUUACAGGCAUAGAACCUUGGUCCCCAGUGUGAUGCGACGCAAGCCUCGGCGAGGCCAUAGGCAGAUUCGAGUAUAGUGAUCAACCACCAUUGUUGGUCCCGGAGUUGUGUUGUUCAAGAUCCAUUCUGUGGUGGAUCUUGCAGUGGUUCAUGUCUGGUAUUGCGCACCGCUGGUGGCUUCGCUUUCUGCAGCCUCUAUGGCGUCCUCGGCAUGUCAAGCCAAGUAAAUGUAUAUUUAAGCAAAGGAGUUGAGACCUUGGAGCGGGCUAAGAUAAGUGUUCUUGGGUCUAUAAUGGUAGUUGAAAUCGAAGCCGAGGCCCAGCCGGCAGCUGGCACAGUUACCCCUGACGAGAAAAAGCACUCCGAACCCAAGAUCGAAACGGCCUCAACUAGCAGCAUCCGCAGCCCUCGCUCAAACAGAAGCGAAAAGGAAAUAUCGAACGAUGGUGAGACACCCAGAAUCAUGGGCAGGCCGGAGUCAUUUUUGCGGACGGUGCAGCGAUAUAUCUGGGAUCCGGACAAACCCAAAUGCGAGAAAAAGUUCCUGCUGAAGCUCGACUUCUUCUUGUUGACCUACAUAUGUCUGGCCUAUUUCUGCAAGAACCCGGAUCCGGCCAACAUCAACGACGCCUAUAUCCGCUAUGAAGGAGUCGUUGGGGAUGUACGGCAACGAGCUGUCGUAUUGCGGAAACUUCUUCACGGCCGGCUAUAUCAUCAGCCAAUUGUCGGAUGUUAUACUCGUCUCCAUGCUGCGGCCGAUUUAUCUGAUACCCAUGCUUGAGGUGCUGUUGUUCAUUUCCACCUUCACUUCAGCUACCGUCAAGACGGUUCCGUAACUGUAUGCGAUGCGCUUCCUGGUUGACCUAUGUGAAGCGCAUUCUUCCUCUGUAUCAC